AUGGCGCUGUGGGCGGUGCAUAUUAAAGGGGUUUAUGGGCCCGGCCCGGUGGUCCCAGCCCCCCCCCCGGGAUCCCCCCCCCACGAUUACCUGCCCAUUGCCGUGCUCACAACCCUCUGCUGCUUCUGGCCCACCGGCGUCGUCGCCAUCGUCAAGGCCGUGCAGGUCCGCACAGCGGUGGCUCGUGGGGACCUGGCUCAGGCCGAAGUGGCCUCAAGGGAGGCCCGGAACUUUGCCUUCAUCUCAUUGGCUGUCGGCGUCGCCGCCACCGUCCUCUGCACCAUCCUCACCGUCGUCAUCCUCAUCGCCGCCCAGCACCACGACAACGAAUGGGACCCCUAGUUACCAUGGCAACUGUCGCCGUGGCAACUGGAGCCAUGGCAACCGUCGCCGUGGCAACAGCAUCCCCCCCAUCUUCUCCCCAUUGACCCACAGCGAUGACAGCGGAGCAAGCA